GAUACAUGCCUUCACCUACUUUUUGAACCUGAAAUUCUACUUCUCUGAUUCAUUUAGGGCUGAUGAGGAGGUCAUGGCAGGUGUUAUUACAUGCAUUGAUAAGAUGACACCUGAUCCUGAGUUGAGAGACAAGGUUCUUGAUGAGUUGGAGAUCUACAAAAGUGCAGAGGGGAGACUCUUCUCAUCACAACUAGCAAUUGAUAGGAGAGGAAAACAACAACCAGAUUUAUGGUGGGAGAAUUAUGGUGCCGGCACGCCUAAUCUUCAAAAGAUAGCUAUCCGUGUUUUGUCUCAGCCAUGCAGUGCUUCUGGGUGUGAACGAAAUUGGAGUGUCUUUGAGAGCAUUCACACAAAGAAGAGAAAUAGAUUGUCACAAAAGCAGCUCAAUGAUCUAGUAUUUGUUCGGUACAACCUUCGCCUUCGAGUUAGGCAGGUGGAGGGUGUUUCACAUGAGGCCAUUGACUUGGAUGAAAUUGAUCCAUAUGGUGAUUAGACCAUGAAUGAACAAAAUGAUGGUGAUGAUGUCCUCCUUACCGAAGAAGAAAUUGCAGAAAUUGAGAGAGGAGCAGCACAAGAUGCAGAAGGAGCAAGAUUGGAUGAAGAUGAGGACGAAGAUGAGGAUGAUGAUGAGGACUUUGACUUUGAAGAAGAAUCAUCUCACCAUUUAGAUACCACAACACCCACUGCUACUACUUCUAGCUCAAGGCCUGAAAAAUUGAGCUAUAUUAGGAAAAAUACAAAGAGGAAGAUGUAGUCUUCUCUUUGGUUUGU